GGCUAGCUUGUCGCGUCCGUUGUCAGGUAGGAGGAAGUCCUUCUCCGGUGAACUAGCCUCCCUAAAACAAAAAGACCCCCAAUAAAACCACGACCGGGAGUUAAACAGAGUAUGGAAGCGAGUAGACCAACUCACACGGCAGCCGGAGAUGCCCCUGGAUCAGAGGAGGACGCCAAAAAGGCGGCAGCUGCUGCAGCCAGGGCGGCAAACCGCCUGCCCGAAGUUCGCCUGGUGGUGCUGGGCUGGAGGUGGCCAGGGAAGAGCCUGACCGGAAACACCAUCAUCGGCCGAGAGGAGUUUCGCUUGGAGCGAGCAGCCGAGUUCUGCGUGAAGAGGCAGACGGAAGUGGAGGGGCGGCAGGUGACCGUGGUGGACACUCCUGGCUGGUUCUCCGCCCAGGAUACACCACCCUCCUAUAAACAGGAGCUAGUGAGGGGGGCAUCUCUUUGCCCUCCAGGUCCACACGCCUUCCUGCUCGUCAUCCCCGUGGGCAUGUUCACAGAGGUGGACCGCGCUCGCAUCGAGGAGCACGUGAGCCUCUUUGGUGAGCAUGUGUGGAAGCACAUGAUUGUGGUUUUCAGCUGGGCCGAGGUGUUGAGGACCAUUUCAAUCGAGAGGUACAUUCGCAGGGAGGGCAAGGAGCUGCAGCGGGUGCUGGAGAAGUGCAAGCGAAGGUACUUUGUCAUUAACAACUGCAUAUUCGGGGAGCAUCCCCAGGUACGACGCUUGCUGGAGAAAGUGGAGAAGAUGGUAGCAGAUGAGGGGGGCUACUACAACCCAGAGGAGGUGGAGAAGGAGAAGGAGAAGAAAGCUCUGGAUGAGAACCAGAAUCCAGCCAGGGACGUGCGGGAGCUCGGGGCACGGCCCAAACAGAACUCUGGCCUGAAUUUGUCAAAAGCCAUGGAGGUGGAGCCGCUUUCCAAUUAACAAGGCACUCUUGACUGAUCCUCUGAACCACCAUUAUCGGAGCCCCUGCCUUACUUUACCGAUGGCAAAGCUGCUUAUUUGACAAGAAAGAAAAGGGUAAAUAACAGAAAUGUUACUGAAUGUACAAACCAGUGUGAUUUUAUUAUAUUUAUUUUUCCAAUCAGACGUGUUACUGUGUGUUUUAGUUGUGUGCAUUUGUCUAUGAUGCCGUAUCUUCUCACUGUGAUCUUGGAGGCCUUUGCCACAAAAAUGCCCUUUUUAUUCUCCUGUUUUAAUGAUACUUUGUUCUUUAGUUUGGAAGAUCUUCGGUUCGUAAUGUUGUCUCGAGGGUUGUGUGACGGGGAAAUGAUUUAAUUUAAUCUAAAACAAGGAAGCACAAGCUGUUACACAGGUAGCCGUCGUUAUUUCUAAACCCAAUGUGUACACUCCUUAGUCAUGGCGGAUACCAACGGCAGAACUGCACUACUAAAUUGUUACCAUAAUACUCUGUUGAAGACUGUUAAGGGAAUUGCUGUAAACUAUUCCCAUUUGUUGUGACCAAAGUGUAAAUGCUUUUCUCUUGCUGUCAGGUUUAUUACACACUCAGUUAUAAAACACUUGAGCAGUUGCUGAUUUUUGUCUGUUGUGUGUUACCUUAAAGAAAUUAUGUUGUUUCCCUUAAAUGGAUCUUUGUGGCAGAGGGAUAUAUUUGAGGCAAGGAUGGAUGGUUGGACGAAACAAGAAAUUUCAGGACGUCCUCUUUGCCUUUAGGAGACUGUAAAGGGUAUUUUUUAACCGUUUCUUGACAUUUAUCAACCAAAUGUUUUAUCAGUUAAUCAAUAAAACAAAUGGCAGAUAAAUCAAUAAUGAAAAUAAUCUUUAGAUGCGGCCCUGCUUGUGAAUUCUGCCACUGAAUCGACUCAUAAAGCCUCCUCACAUGCAGAUACACUCACUUUUCAAUUAAUCUGAGGAAGAAUUUAGGUUGAAAGUCGGUAUAAAAGUGCUCAAAAGGUGAGUUACUUAAUCAAGCUGGAAGCAGCUACUUUACUAUAAAUACAUCUUCACUACAGUUUAAGGAUGGCGCUGUAUUUCUUGCCAGCUCUGUAGGGGGCAGAAUCCACACUCCAAGAUGAAAGUGUAUGUGGCAGCUAUUGCUACAGGACAUGAGAGGUUUCUGGGGUAUAGAGGGAACUUAAUGCAGGGAGUCUGACAUUUCCAUCCAGAGAAGCUAGAAAGCUGCACACAAGGAAAUUGGCAUUGUGUUUUUUAUGACACCACCUUUUGAACUGCUUGCUGGAGUGCCUUCAAUAACUUUCGCUCUUAUUGGUGCUCCCACCGAGAGAGCACUCAGAGAGCCCUGGGUUAUUAUAGAUAGUUACAGACCCAAGCUUUCUUUCUUACAAAAAGUCCUACAAACUGUAGUAGUCGUGUUAAAAAUGUGAUUAUCGCAUCUUUUAAAUUGCCCUGUUUUGUGACCACUAGCAACGCUAUAGUUGUUUUGUACGCGCUGGUCCGCCUUUUGUUUGUAUUGUGCACAUUUACAAGUAUGCAUACAUGCAAGUAAGCAAAUCAUAGCCUGAUGUUAGGUUUCACACUUUUCCACUGGUAGACGGUUGGCAGAGGUAACGUGAACAAACAAACGCCAACAGGCUGCCAGGACACUGGGACAUCCCUGGUGGGUGUGGUUAGAGGUGAAACUUAAAAACCACAGAGGGCACUGCUUUUCAGCUUGGUGUUAACUUAUUCAUUAAGAAUACAAAGUGUGUUUUAGAAGCACUAAAUAUAAACAUAACCUCCGUUAGAUUACAAGAAAACUCCACUGGACACCUUUUAGGUUUUUGUAUGUUUUAGACUUGUUAAAGUGUACUAUCAUUGGAUUACAAUGAGACUGAGCUAGAGGAAAUGCAUAUUCUACAUGGGAAUAUCUUCUUCUGUGUGCAGCCAGCUGAGACUCAUGUAGCUCUGCUUAACAGAGUAAAGUCAGCUGCUCUGGACAGACCCGCAAGUCUUCCAUGAAGAGGCGUGUCACUGUUUUUUAUAGGCCCUCGAUAGCUCACUCGUGUUUUGUGAGCUGUACUGACCACCAGGUGGAUCGGGUUGUGUUACACCACCAGUAACAAUGGAUACAUACUGUAGUCAACCAUGGUUGUGUGACCCAGUUCAAUCACUACAGUCCUACCUCUUGUGUGUCUGUUUAUGGCGCCCAGUUGCACAAAGCAUAAACAGCUGAACACAGCAGUGAAUCCUUGCCCUGAACAUAUCCUUCUGCCACAGAUCGCUUCACAUAUAAUGUUAUUUUUAUUUGUUUCAGUUACUUGGAACUACUUUUAGUUAAACUGCGCAUGUGAAUCAGGCACUAUUAACAUUGUUAAAGUAGCUGUCAGUUUAAAGGAUGCCCUCAGUCUUUUGUAAAUGUCAGAUCUGUUCUCACUCCUGUCCCUCAGGAUCUGCUGGUUUUCAUUCUAGCCAUCAAAUCCAGGCUGGUUUUCACUGGGACCUGGUGAAUGCAAUCACCAAGAUGGUCAGAUAGAAAACCAGCAGGGCCUGAGAGCCAAGGUUUAAAACAAUGGAGUGCUUUAUCAUGGGGACGCUGUAAAUACUGUCGAUCUGUUUCCUUAAAGCAGCUGUUAAACUCAAUGCUGUACAGUCAGAUAUGCACUAUGACCAUUUCACCCACUGUAGGUGAAUGUUAGUUGACACUGAACACAGAAAUAUGAGACAGGAAACAGGCAACCUGUGGACCUGUUGUACCCUGGUCCCUAAAGGACUCAAUAUUACUUAUAUUUUAUUUUACUGUCAAGGUUUUGACAAAAACACAUAACUCUGAAUAUUUACAACUACAAACACUGCUACGGAUGUGAGUCACUCUGCAUUUUGUUUUAUGUUACUUGGCUACAUUUUCAUUGGAAAUCAGCGCUGUGAUAUGAAAUAAGUCACAAAACAGCUGAAUUAUUUAAUAUAUAUAAAGGAGAAGAGUCUUGUGAAAAAGUGUCAGAAUACAGCCGACGUGUACACAGAAACUGCUGUUAGGCGUGCAACCUAAUACAACCCACCUUUGUAGCAGUGUUUGUAAUGGUGAUUUAGUUACUGUCCAAGUCCAGCAUGUGAAUCAAAUUACUCUUAAGAAAUUAAUGAAAGAAGCAGAGUCGUCUAUCUUGGCUUUCGCUGUACGCUUUGUAGGCCUGCAACGUCUCUUAUAUUGGCUGACGCUCUCUGGAGAUUUGCUUAAAGAUGGAAUUGCUUUAACGAGAGCUGCACUGUGUGGUUUUUCUAUUAGGUCCAAAUAAAUGUAUAUUCGAAACAA